AUGUCUGGCCACCCUUUGCCUCCGUCUAUGCCUGCCGGCAGUCAUGAGAUGCGAGAAUACUACUCCAAACAAGACCCACCUCGGUUACAUCCACACACUGCACCCUCCGAAACACCCUACCUUGGUCUCCGAGCCCGACUUUCGCAAGUCUGGAUCAACCGAUGGACCAUCCUCAUCCUACUUGUUCUUGCACGAACCCUGCUCGCUAUCCAGGGUAUUAACGACCAUAUCGCCUCGGCGAAGAGAGAGGCCCUAUCUGCUUGCUCCGAUGUUGAAGCCAUGGGCUCUGCUAUGGCUUCAAUGCCUCAUUACAUGUCUACUGGAGUCAAUCGGCUUACUGCUGCUGGAAUCAACAAAUCUGUCAAUGGACUGAUGUCAAUGUCGACGCUAAGUGUGACGGCAGUGGAGGAAAUAGUGGUGUUUGUAAUCGGCAUGAUGACAAACACUUACCUCUGCCUGAUCACUUUUGCUGUGACUGGAAGUCUGCGAUCUGCCAUUGGCGUUGUUGAUGGCGCUCAAAAGGACAUCAACAAUCUUGGUGGAAAGAUUGGUGGAGAGAUUGGCGAUGCCAUGAAAGGCUUCACGGAUGCCUACAAUGCCGCCACGAAAGUAUUGAGUGGUAGCAUUAUUGGACCCACCAUCAACCUCCCGAAGAUCCCAGACAUCACAAAGUCGACGGACCAGCUCAAGAACUUCAAGCUGCCACCCGAGCUUACUGCUGAUCUGCAGAAGCUCAACAGUUCUCUGCCGUCUUUCGCCCAAGUCAAGAACGUCACCGAAUCUGUCAUCAGACUACCUUUUGAGGAAGUCAAGAAGGUCAUCGACCAGAACCUCGGCACCUACAAGUUCAAUGAUUCUUUGCUACCUGUCCCUCCGAAGGAGCUAAUGACUUUCUGCUCUGACGAUGAAGGCAUCGAGGACUUCUUCAACAAGCUCAGCGCGAUGGCCAGCCUUGCACAGAAGAUCUUCAUCGGUGUACUCGUCGUGGCUGCUAUACUCGCGAUGGUUCCCAUGGCGAUGCGCGAGAUUCGAAGAUGGCGACAUCAGCAAGAGCGCAGCCGCUUGGUUGGAGACGGAGCGACAGACUCUAUGGACGUCGUCUACCUUGUCUCCCGACCAUAUACCUCAUCUGCCGGCCUCAAACUUGCUGGUGUCCCCGCUGAGCCAGAGAUGAUCAGGACUGCGACCCGUGGCCAAAAUCUGACGCGCUGGGCUGUAGCCUACGCGACCACGGAUGCGGCCCUUUUCGUCCUCUGUCUCGCUAUUGCAGGUCUCUUCUCCUGCCUCUGCCAGUAUAUCCUACUGCAGGCCAUCAAAGGCAAAGUCCCCGAGCUGUCGAACCAGGUUGGCGCUUUCGCUGACAAAGUCGUCGCACAACUAACCAACGCCUCGGACCAAUGGCAGAUUGCUACCAAUGCUGCCAUCCGGACUGCCAGCGACGACAUCAACAACGACAUGCUCGGGUGGGUGGGUACCGCGACCGAAGCUGUGAACAACACGAUCAAUGUGUUUGUUGACGAGACGAAUAAAGUCCUUGACACAGCAUUCGGCAAGACUCCUCUCCGCGACCCCAUUCAGGAAGUUCUGAACUGCCUGAUUCUGCUCAAGGUUCAAGGCAUCCAGAAAGCCAUGACCUGGGUCCACGACAACGCGCACAUCAACUUCCCAACUCUGCCAAACGACACUUUCUCCGUUGGAGCGUUGGCUAGCCUGUCAGGCGACAACGACCAGUCCUUCCUAGCUGAGCCAAACGACAAAGCGUCAGACAAGAUCACUGGCGCUGUGGACCGUGUUGUCAGCUUCUUCGAAAGUGGAAUUCGUACCGAAGCAGUCAUUGCAUCUGUCAUUCUGGCGCUCUACGUCUUCGUCUGUCUCUGCGGGAUCGGCGCUGCAUUCUACCGCGCUCGAUUCAAUAAGUUCAAGACCAGAGGCGAAGGUGGUGGUCUGUCCGCUUCUAGCGGAUCGACAACCGACUUUCGAAGCGACGAUCAGGAUCGCUUUGUGAAUGACAAUCAGACCCCGGCGCCAGCCACUGAGAAGCGCCAGUCUCAGUUUCACAAUGAUCCUGCGCCGGAGUACGAGCCUGCUGCAGUGGCGAAAGCGCCACUGUCGAGGCACAGCCCCGAUGAGCACCAUUAUGCGGACUCUAAGAAUCCCUUCGAAGACCCCAGCAGUAGCAAUGAGAAGAAUGGCGGCUUCAUCUGA